AUCCUCCCUGUCACAGGGCUGGUGCCCGGAGGCCUGGUGCCAGGCCGGGCCUGGCCCACCCUCGGGGUCCCGUUUCCUCCUUGGGAAGCGAGCAGAGGUCCCCUCCCCUUGUUGCUGAGGGCACUGGCGGAAGUUGUGAUGUGAGGGCAAAAUGACCUUGUAAUCCUCAGAACUUCCCCAUUGUACGGAGGGAGAAACUGAGGCUCGGUGAGCUCAGGUAGCUGGCUGUGGGGUGGGGGAUGGGAUUUGAGCCCAGGCAUUUGAGUCUGUGGCUUUGCUGAUAGAACGGGCAGGAGCAAGGGAGGGAGGGGAUGGAGGAGACAGAGGCCGUCUGGGUACCUCCCCUGCGUGGGGGGUGCCAACAGUGGGUGUCGAGGGCAGUGGCCAAGGGCCAGCACCCCUCUCUUCCCUGGGGCUUCCUGGGGACUGGCCUGUGCUGCCCUGGACUGGUGGUGGGGGCUGAGUGCUGGAGACGGUAGGGAGGGGAGCCUUGGCAGCCCCUAGGAGCAUGGCUGGAUCAGGGCCUAGCACAUGAGGGUACCUGUGGGUGGCAGACAGCAAUGGCUAUGGGGGUUGCCCAACUCAGUGACCACCAGUGUGUUCUAGGCAUUAGGCUUAGGGGCAGAGUGGCAUCCUGCCUGUAACCUUGGAGGUGGGCCUCCUGUAUUCAGAGGACUUGGAGGCUCACAGAGGCCGAGUGUCCAGCCUGGGGGCACAGAGGAAGGGGCAGCAAGGGGACCAUGGGCAUGUCCGAAUUCAGGUGAGAGCCAGCUCUGCCUUCCUCACCUGUGUGGCCCCAGGUGAAUUGCCAACCCUCUCUGGUCCCCAAGGGCACUGCUGGCCUAGGCAUGGUGUGCUGGCAGUCACUUCCGAAGUCUGGCUCUCGGGCUGAAGGGUCAGCAGGAGGGGAGUGGGCUGAGGCUCCCUCAUCAGCCAGGUCAACACUGCAGACCCCUGCUGGGUGGGGCCUAUAUUCUAGGAAGCCCUGUGGUCAGACCUCGCCCAGGCUGCGGCCGCAGGGAGGGGCUCUGGAGACCGUGUCCUGGAUGAGGAAGCAGCGUCCAGAGAGGGCGAGGGAUGAGGCCUGGCCACAUGGGAGAUGGCCGAAGGACCAGGCCUGCGGAAAGGCAGUGGGAGUGGACACAGUGCUCUGACUUCUCCACCCAGGUGAACUCCUCAUCCCUCAACUCCCCGACGGGGCGUGGGCCCAUGGCCGCGCCCUCGCUGCACCCACCCCUGGGGCCCGGCGUUGGCUCCUCACUCGGCUCCCCGGGCCAGCUACACUCGCCCAUCAGCACUCUGAAUUCCCCCAUCAAUGGCAUGGGCCCACCCUUCUCGGUUAUUAGCUCACCCAUGGGCCCGCACUCCAUGUCGGUGCCCACUGCACCUGCCCUGGGCUUUGGCUCGGGCAGCCCCCAGCAGAGAAAUGAAAGCCUGGCGAGGGUCUGGGAAGAGCCAGGCCAGACCACGGCUGUCAAGAGUCCGAGCCAUCUGAUGUCUCUCCCCUGGCCUGCGUGUCCCAGAGCCUGCCUGGCAACUCCCCACAUGUGUGGCCACCCUCUCAGCUCACCGAUGAACCUCGUCAGCAGCACUGAGGACAUCAAGCCCCCGCUGGGCCUCAAUGGCGUCCUCAAGGUUCCCGCCCACCCCUCAGGAAACAUGGCGUCCUUCACCAAGCACAUCUGUGCCAUCUGUGGGGACCGCUCCUCAGGCAAACACUACGGGGUGUACAGCUGCGAGGGCUGCAAGGGCUUCUUCAAGCGGACGGUACGCAAGGACCUCACGUACACCUGCCGCGACAACAAGGACUGCCUGAUCGACAAGCGGCAGCGGAACCGGUGCCAGUACUGCCGCUACCAGAAGUGCCUGGCCAUGGGCAUGAAGCGGGAAGCUGUGCAGGAGGAACGGCAGCGGGGUAAGGACCGCAAUGAGAAUGAGGUGGAGUCCGCUGGCACUGCCAAUGAGGACAUGCCCGUGGAGAAGAUCCUGGAGGCUGAGCUGGCCGUGGAGCCCAAGACAGAAACAUACGUGGAGGCGACUGUGGGGCUGAACCCCAGCUCGCCGAAUGACCCCGUCACCAACAUCUGCCAGGCGGCAGACAAGCAGCUCUUCACCCUGGUAGAGUGGGCCAAGCGGGUCCCGCACUUCUCGGAGCUGCCACUGGACGAUCAGGUCAUCCUGCUGCGGGCAGGUUGGAAUGAGCUGCUCAUUGCCUCCUUCUCCCACCGCUCCAUCACCGUGAAGGACGGCAUCCUGCUCGCCACCGGCCUGCACGUCCAUCGCAACAGCGCCCACAGCGCAGGCGUCGGCGCCAUCUUCGACAGGGUGUUGACGGAGCUCGUGUCCAAGAUGAGGGACAUGCAGAUGGACAAGACGGAGCUGGGCUGUCUGCGGGCCAUUGUCCUCUUCAACCCCGACUCCAAGGGGCUUUCGAACCCGGCUGAAGUGGAGGCGCUGAGGGAGAAGGUCUAUGCAUCUCUGGAGGCCUACUGCAAACACAAGUACCCUGAGCAGCCGGGCAGGUUCGCCAAGCUCUUGCUCCGCCUGCCCGCCCUACGCUCCAUCGGCCUCAAGUGCCUGGAACACCUCUUCUUCUUCAAACUCAUUGGGGAUACGCCCAUUGACACCUUCCUCAUGGAGAUGCUGGAGGCCCCGCACCAAAUGACUUAGAGCCCGGCCGGCCUCCGCGCCCACCCGGCCCCCGCCGGCCACCAGCUGCUCUUCUCAGCCCGAGCCCUGCCCUCUCUGCCUGGCCUGUGUGGACCUGUGGGGCCGCCUGUCACUGCUACGCCUAAGAGAUGUGUUGUCAUCAUUGUUUUUACUGUUCUUGUCUAUGGACCGAGGCAGCAGCCUCCCAGGGUAGCAGCAGGAGCCAUAGGAGCUGGAGCGAGGGGUCUGCUGCUCAUGGGUGUCUGCGGGUGCCGUGAGUCGUCCUGGCCCUCAGGGCUUCUGGAGCUGAAGAUGCUGGGAGGGCAGGUCGCUUGGUCCUGUUUGUUGCUGGUUUUUAAGCUCAAGUGGCCUUCCUUUGCUUGGAGUGGCCCUUUCUUUGCCUCCUCUCAGUAUUGGCACCCAGCCAGCCUGUGGGUAUCCCCGGGGUCAGGAGGGGACAGGUGGGGGUGGUCGGUAUUCCAUGGCUGAAGACUCCACUUGAUCCCAGGAAGAUGAGAGGGCGCUGUCUGGGGCCAGCAUGCCUCCCUUCUCAGACUGCUGGGGCGAGUAGCCCUCUUUCCAAAGAUAACUUGCAAGUUAGCCGAGCUGACCUUGGGAUGCGGAGUUUUGGAGGCCACUCUUCCACCCGCUCAAUUUUCUCUCUGCGUCGUCCUGGUUCCCUCCAUGUAUUCAUGUCCAGCCUGUGGUUACCAGACUGUGGCUUCCGGCCUCUCCUUCCCUCCCAGAAUCUUCUCUUCACCUGCAUGGUGGGCCAAGGCUAGUCCCUGGUUCCCAGGGGGCUAGCCCAGUCUCAGUGGCUUCCUGGAGGGACCUGGGCCCUUCAGAGGUGGGUUCCCCUGGCUUGUCAGUUGGAACUCCCUCUGCACAGGUCAGCUAUCUUGCCAGUCACCUGGAAGGCUCCAGGGAACCAGCGGUUGCUGGUCGGCUUUCCCCAGAAGGUCUCCAAGCAGCUGUGGGCGUCUGGAGGGAGGCAGGAGGUGUGGGGCAGGCGAGGGCCUUAUGGCACAGGCAGAGUGGGGGCAGCCUGCAGGGAGGGCUUGGUUAGGGCGUGGGCCCACUCUUGGCCCCUCCUUUCCUGGCCCUACCUGGACGACUCAUGGGACCCUGGGACCACUGAGCCCAGCCUCCUUGGGGCUGUUGUGUAUGGGUACCAUCUGGACCCCUGCUUGGGGUGGAGGCGCAGGACACCUAACCUCCUGGGCCCAGCCCUGUCCAGCCUAGGAUCUCCUUCCACGGAGCCUGAGACCCAGCCUGGGUGGGUGCACUCUGCCUCCCGGGGUGGGGCUCUGAUGCUGUGGAGGGCUUUCUCAGGUGGGCUGGCCUCUUUGCACUGUAACCCCUUCCCUUGGGCCUCGGCACCGUCCAUAUUUGAGUCUCAGACCCCAUGAGUCCAGCGUUUGUCAGCGGGGGUCCCUGGACGGGGGACCACAGGGGGCUGGCCUUUUUGGUCCCCCACGGAGUGCUCGGUAACAACUGCCUUCACUCUGCAGCCCCUCACCAGUCCCCUUUCUCUGGCCUGGGCCCGUGGGAUGGGGUGGGGGGCUGUUUCCCCAUCUGGUGCAGAGGUGCCCCUGUGGGGGCCUCCUUUGACUCAAGGGGGAGGGCAGCGGCUGCUGGAGAGGCUGCUUUCCAGGGGGGAGAGAAAAGUGUCCAUUCUCCACCUGCCAGGCAUCCCCACCCCAGCUGAGUGUGAAGCCCAGCAGAGCCCAGGCAGAUCCCAAAACUCCUCGUCCCUCUGAUCUGCCCCGCCCAGGAGAGACAUAUAACUGUGGCUCCCUGCUUGCCUUGUCCCGUGGUAGGAUGCCCCUGGCACCCUCGCCCCCUUGCCUCCCCACCCCUCCAGACUCCAUCAGGAAGCCUCAGCACCUUUGGAAGUCACCUGUGCCUGGAAGAUUGGUGCAGGCACUCUUGGGGGACUCCAUUUUGGGAUGUCCCUCUUGUGGGAGAGCCAGCUCCACACCCAGCUCUCUGGUGCCUUCUGCAGCCACGCCCACCACCCUCCUUCAAGCCUCGCACCAGCCUGGGCCUUCCCCGAGUAUCCCACACCUCACUUGGACUUGGGGGGGGGGCACUGGCGGGAUGCAGGGACAGGGCGCUGGGCGGGGGGAGGCUGGCGCCUUCUGGGGAACUUGGAUGCUGGCCCUGGGCCAGCUAGGCGUCCAGCAUGGUGACCGGGGGCCCCCUUGUGCCACCAGAAAUCCCGCUCAGCCCUGUGUGCCCCCCGUCGUGUCUGUGUCGUUUGCCUCACUUCCUUCAGAUGUCCCCCCCAGCCCGUGGUUUUGUCGUCAUAACUACAGUGCUGUUUGAAAAGGUGGCGCGUGGGUAAAGUGGCACGUUACUCAGUAGAGGUAGGACUUCUAUUUAACCAGACUUUUAGUACCCUUACAAAUCUGGUUCCAUUACGGUGAUUUUUUUGUAAUUAUUAUUGUUAUUAUUAUUAUUUGGUGGGACAAUCUUUAAUUUUCUAAAGAUAGCACUAACAUCAGCUUGUUAGCCACCCUGUGACCGCCCCCUCUCAACCUGACUGGAUGACGUGGGACUCAGGACUGCCGCUUUCCGUCCCCCAGCUCUGACAUCGGAUGGUGGCUCCCUGGCCAAGGAGGGGACGACUGCAUCGGGGGGCAAAGCCAGGCUUCCCCCACAUCCCCCAGGAAGCUGGCCUGCUGGUGACCACUUGACAGCGGAGGGCCCUUGUCUCAGCGCUAGCCCUCGUCACCGUAGGUGUGGCCAGAGAGGUCCUGGAAGCACGCGGCCUCUGUGGGGGACAGCCCACACCCUGGGUUUCCUGGAGGAGACGCCCUGACCCCGUCCUUGUGGUGGCUCUGGGAGGGCCUGGCGGAAGGUGUUGGCAGUGGGUAGCCAGCUGAUGUUGUCCCCAUCACAGAUGAGGGCGCACCAUCCAGUCCUGUUGCACAGGCAUGUGGCGUCAACACGCAUGUGCCAUGCAGAGAAGCGCCGUGUUCAGAGAGCCGCACGCCUGGCCUCGUGGCGUGUGCAGCCCAUACCAACUGUUCAUUUUUAAUCGAGACUGUUUCCUGUUUUCCUACACAUUUGCUUCGUGUAAGCAAGUACGUAAGGACCCUUCCUUUGGUGAAAUCUGGGUUCGUGUGACCAUCUGAAGGCGAGGAGGUGCAUCUAUUUUAGGGUGCUUUGGAGUAGGCAGCUUUCGAGGUUCCCAAUCUCUAGCCAUGCCUUAGCUGGGACACACAGCUGUCACUUUAGAGAGGGUCACAAAUGCGUAAAGAGAGUAAAGAAAAGAUGUCUAAAGCAUCGGGAAAGGUAAAAAAAAAAAAAAAAAAAUCUAUUUUUGUACAAA